GCCCUCCACCCAUCUCUCUCUCUCGUCUCCAUCAACUUCAACCCGAAACAAUGUUGCGAGUGGGUGUCUUUACGUCCACCCGCUCGUUUUUACGGCCAACUGUAAACCAAGUACACGCUGGCUCGCACUUCCCCUCGUUCCGCACUUUGAGCACCCGCACAUCUCGCUCGAGCAUUCUCGAUGCUCUCAAAAUGCGACCGAGUGGGUCCUCGGUGUUUUCAUCCUCCAAGCCGUUUGCGCGCGGUAUCAUGAACGAUGCUGUAGUCGUGCGUCCGACGAAGGAGGAAACCUGGAAGAAAUACGCCAUCACCGCCGCUACUGUCGCCGGAACUAUCGUUGGCGUAGAAGUUUUCCUCAACCGCGAUACUCGCGACUCGCUGUCGGCAGCUGAACAGUCGUACUUGCAUGACUCGUUCAAGUACACUGGCGGUGGCCUUGUCUUGACGGCCCUGGCUGCGCGGAGCAUGUUCAAGGCUGGCCUUCCCUUACGCAUCAUGACGGCUAACCCAUGGCUUGUGCUCGGCGUCAGUCUUGUUGGCAGCAUUGGUAGCAUGAUGGGUGUGUUCUACACGCCCCCAGAAAAGACUGUGCAGAAACAUGCUUUCUGGCUCGCGUUCAAUGCGUGCCAGGCAGCAACCUUGAGCCCUCUCUUCUUCUUGAGCCCUGCCAUCCUGUCUCGUGCUGCCUUGUAUACAUGUGGCGUCGUCGGCUCUCUGUCUUACGUUGGUGCUACUGCGACCAAUGACAAGUACCUCUACAUGGGCGGGCCCCUCCUUGCUGGUGUCACCGUCGUUGCACUCAGCUCACUGGCCCCAAUGGCCCUCCCUCUCGGCAUCCGCGGUCUGGCUAUUGCUGAGUCCAUAUCUCUUUACGGUGGUCUUGCUGUCUUCAGCGGUUUUGUUCUCUUUGACACCCAAAAGAUUCUCCAGCACGCUCGCAUGGCAGAGCGUGGUGCCAUGACACCUGAUCCUAUGCGGGAAUCUGUCAGCCUCGAGCUUGACAUGAUCAACAUCUUCAUCCGUAUCGUGCAGAUCCUCGCUAUGCAGAAAAAUAGCAAAAAGUGAUCGAUGAGCUAUCUGACAUAGCCAUGUAUUUGUAUGAAUUUUUUCGAAUCACUCUAGUAUGCCGUUGUUGUAUCCCCGUUCAUUAAUUCCACAAGCAUUUGUCCAAUUUGAAUGUUAUGCAUGCC